UGAAGUUUAAGGAUAAUCUCAGCUGUUCAUGAUCAUGUUAAAGCGGAAACCUCACCCUUUUCGGUUGUGGAUUGUCAUUACUGUUUGCCCGGUGCUGUUCGGUACCGCCUCUCGGUUACAAAGUGCAACCCUCCCGGAAGAUUAGAAAACCAGUUUUAUGUGAAAGUUCGCCAGGUGAAAGGACAUUUUUUACCGAGAAGCAGACGCUGCUAAAGCUUUGACUUUCUUCCGGUUUGAGACAUUUGUAGGACGAUCUGUUGGAGUUGUAGCUGAGGUGUUUAAACACAGUUUCCUUAAGGAUGAAACGGGGAGGUGAAACCACCGCGGAACCGUCCGGAACUCCGGGUUUCUCCACGACCGACACCGCAGAGCAAUCAAAGAAAAUGAGGGUCAUUUACGUCGUGUACAUAAUUGUUUCUUUGGACGUAACCUGGAUGUUUUUACAGUUCUCUGUUACCCCAUAUUUAGCAAAGAAACUUGGAUUUGACACGUUGUGGUUUGGUUAUUUGCAAACUACAGUCGGGUUGAUUCAGCUAAUUGGAGGCCCUAUGUUUGGGAGGUUCGGGGAUCUCUUCGGGGCCCGUGCGGCUUUGUCUCUGGCUUGUGCAGCAACCACAGUUUCUUUUCUGCUUCUGGCCGUCGCUAACCAUCCCGUCCUGCUGUUCGUCCACAAACUACCUACAGUAUUUAUGCAUGUCUUGCCUGCGUGCCAGAUGGUUGUUACAGACCUCUCAGAGCCGGAGAAACGGGCCGAAGCUUUGUCCAAGCUGGGUCUGUGUUUUGGUAUCGGGAUGAUCGCUGGAUCCACAUUGGGGGGAAACAUAAGCACGCGCUACGGGGAGACGUUUGCAGCCUGUGUUGGUGCUGCAGGAAGUGCCUUCAGUUUGCUGCUGGUUUUAAACUUCAUACCAAAGUCUACCAAAUCUGAGGCCCCUAGUAGCGCCACUAAAUCUGAGAACCAAAACAAGAAGGUGUUCAGUUUGAGAGAGAUCACAAGACUGAUGAAGUUUCCAGGCGUAACGAGGAUUUUUCUGAUCAAAAUCAUCGCAGGUUUGCCAUCAGGCAUAUUUCAGGUGAUGUUCUCCAUCAUUGCAAUGGAUUUCUUCAAGCUUGAAGCUCAGCAGAAUGGCUACCUGAUGGCGUACUUCGGCAUCGUUCAAAUGGUUGUUCAGGGAGGAGUGAUCGGUAGACUCACGUCCAGAUUUCCUGAGAAAUCUCUUCUUCUUCUGUCCAUUGGAGUAACUGCAGGUGUGGGUCUGGCUCAGGCCUACAUGCAGACAGUUUUCCAGCUCUGCCUCACCGUCACUCCGUGGAUCUUUUCUCUCAGCGUUUUUAACGUCAUCACCGACAGCAUGCUCACCAAAAGCGUCCCGUCCUCUGACACAGGAACGAUGCUGGGUCUGUGCUCCUCCGUUCAGUCGCUGGUCCGGACAAUCGGACCGACCAUCGGUGGUUUCCUGUACAUGAACUACGGCCUCGCCUCCAUAGGUCUAAUUGAGUUUUUUGUGAAUAUUGUCGUGUUUGUUUACCUGCUAUAUAGACAACUCGGCAAAACUGAGAGGCAGAAAGAAUGAACAGGCAAUUUUAUUUUUAUAUUCUAUAUUUUUAUGGAACUAGAGAACAGAAAUGUUAUUCGUCGUUUGCAACAUGCUGCUGUAAUUUUACAUUCCAGUUAGUCGAGAUUUAAAUUCAUUACUGUGUUGUUCAGGUGGAAACCACUAGAUGGCAGCCAAAUGUCUGGAUUAUUCAAAGAUGUUUCUGUUGUUCAGAGAUUUUCAUUUUCAUUCUCAGCUUUUUUAAAAUCAUGAUUUAAAAAUUUUUUUAAUUUUUUUUUCAUGUUUGGUUUUAAACAAACCCAAAAAGUUGAUCAUAAAGACUGAUAAGUUUGAAGUUCUGUGGAUUCCAAAGAGGAUUCCAAUUUUUCACCUUUAGACUUGCAAAAAAGUCUUGUAUUUUAAAAAUAAUUAUAUUUUAAUGCAGUCUUGUAUUGCACAAUUAUAACUUCAAACUACAAGAAGUGAUGCUUAUAGCAUUUCUUGGCUGCUGUAAAUGUAAGUUUAAAAAACACUUUUUAAGCACUGAGGCAGUGUGGUUAUUUUUGGAUUUAUGCAUUAUAAAAAUCAAGGAUAGUUUUGAUUAUUUUAAACGUUUAUGACUGCUGUAAACUGUCUAAGCACGGUAAAUUUACUUCUGAGAAAUAUAAUCGCUUCAACUUUCUAUUGGCAAACGAGUAGGGCUGAAACAAUGAAUCGGAUUAAUCGGGAUAAAUCGAUUAUUGAAGUAAUCGUCAACUAAUUUAGUGAUCAAUUAAUUGUUAACUGGAGUAUACAAACUCAAAAAAGGCAAUUUAUUGAAAAAAAAAAACUUAUUCAGAGCAGUAAUAAACCCAAUACUGUACUGAAAAUACAUACAUUUUGAAUUUAAAGGAAAUCUGUUAUUGGAUUUUAGGCACCAAAAAAAAUAAGUAUUUUUUGCAUCUUUUAAUGCAUUUCUAUCUUUGGAUGAAAAGGUAUAAGUGGUUGAAUGAAAAAUAUGUAGAAUGUGCUUUUUUUUUUAUCCCAUUAAUUAAUCGUCAGAAUAAUUGAUUACUAAAAUAAUCGCUAGUUGCAGUUGUUUGUUGACCUGUUAGGUAUUUUUUCCUAAAACAAGUCUCUCUGACAAUUGAACAGUUUGUAUCUUUAGUUCAAUCAAGUCCAUAUUCGGCCAGUUAAUUAUUGUGAAUUGUAGAUUUUCUUUGAAUGGGAAUAAUGAAAACAUGAUGCAGAAAAGCAGAGCUAACAACUCCACCCCCAUUAAAAUUCCUAAUUUGAAAAAACAAUAAGCAUUUAAUCACUCUCUCUAUUGUUUCUAUUCAUGUCUUUGCAUUUUCAGCUGCAUCCGGCUGCCAAGUCGCAGCUUGUUGAAGUGAUGUCAUAAAAUCUGAAGCAGGUGUUUUCUUUGUCUGCCACAAAGCACUUUGUUUUUCAAAUAUUACAUCCAACAACCCCAGAUAAAACGAUCAUAUUGAAACAGUAGGAGGUUAAACUCAUUAUCUUACAGGCUUUUCUCUAAGCAGAUGCAACUGGUGAUUUCUGUGCCAAUUUGUUUGACCAAAGACAGCAGGCAGGGCAGCAGUUUCUGGCAGUCGGAUAAUAUGCUAGAGUUGCAGAUUUAGUUUAUUAUAUUGUAUAACAUUCAGAUAAACACAAUACAAUCCUAAUUAUAAAAAAAAGUAAUAUAUUAUUGGUUUAAUCAGUUUUCUGAUCAAAGGAAACACAGCUACUGUCUGACAGACUUCAAUGAGCUGUGAGCUGAUUUGAAGGGUGUCAUUAUCUGCGUUUCCAUUACAAAGGUGCGUGAAACUUUGACAAUAUUCCACUAAUGUCAAAUAAACAACUACAUAAUUGCUUUGUUUCCAAUAAAUAAAAAAACAGAUUAAAAUCACAAGAGAAUAAGACUUUUCACGUAAUUACUCGUUAAACAACAUGCCAUGACUCCAACCA